AUGGAUACGACUUUCUUUGUAUGCAGCAAGCUGUUCAUCUGCUUUGACUACCUUGGCUCCUCCAGCGGGCCACACAGCUCCCUGGAGGCUGACGGCCCUGACAAUCCGAGGGCGCUAAGGUGCUGUAGUGGGCUUGCACGGACCCUUCCAGCAUCAUCUGUCGCUGAAGGGGGGAGGGGCACGUCCACCGGCUCUCCUUCUCCUCUCAGACGAGGCAAGCUGCGACUGAAAGUUGGGUUCCGACACCGAACGGUCUUUUGCCAGCAUCACCACCACCAACGCCAACACAACCUUGCCUCGCUUUCUUCCCGAGAAACACCAACACCACCUACCCUACUGCUAAGGAAUACACAUCGACAACCCCCAUCGAAUCCGCAACGCAUCUGCAACAUGUCCACCCCCAAGGAGCGACGCAUCACCAAGGAGUUGCAUGACAUUCGCAAUGACAAGGACAACUCUGGAGUAUUUGCUCAGCCGCUCGACGAGGCCAACUUGCUGCAUCUGAAGGGCUCCUUUCCCGCACCUCCCGAUACACCAUACGCCGGCGGCUUGUAUGAAGUCGACAUUAAGAUUCCCGACAGCUACCCCUUCAAAUCUCCCACCAUUAAGUUCAUCACCAAGAUCUGGCAUCCUAAUGUCAGCAGUCAAACCGGAGCCAUAUGUCUCGACACACUGGGCAGUGGUUGGUCCCCCGUGCAGACGAUAAAGACGGCGCUGCUUUCCCUCCGCAUGCUGCUCGAGUUCCCGAAUCCCAAGGAUCCCCAAGACGCAGAGGUGGCCAAGAUGAUGCUGGAGAACCCCGAGGGGUUUGCGAAAAAGGCACACGAGUGGGCCGUUAAGCACGCUGGUGCACCGUCAAAGGAUUUUGACACAACAAAGUACAAGCAAGUUGCUUCCGAAGUAAAGCAAGAUGACGCAAACAGGUAUGCCGGCUACAAUAAGGAUCUUAUUGACCGCUUUGUCGGCAUGGGAUUCGAGCUCGAUGCUGUCGUCGAGGCCUUCACCUUUAUUGGAAUCGACCGCAAUGGUGGCAUGGACUAUGAGCUGGAGGAGGCGUACCUUGGCGACAUCACCGCCCACCUCCUCGGUCGACGGCCACCCGGCUAUCACCUCAUUCGCUCCGAGGCGAUAGGAGUACAAAGUCACGAACACGGUAAAUCAUGA